AUGACUUCGAUAGGAACGGGCUACGAUCUGUCAAACUCGGUCUUCUCUCCCGAUGGCCGUAACUUCCAGGUCGAAUAUGCCAUGAAGGCAGUUGAGAACGGCGGCACUUGUGUCGGUAUCAGAUGUCGCGACGGUGUUGUUCUUGCUCUGGAGAAGCUCGUCACCUCCAAGCUGUUGAAGAAGGAUGCGAACAAGAGGAUAGCCACUGUCGAUCGCAACAUCGGUGUCGUCUCUACUGGUCUUCUUCCCGAUGGCCGCCACUUCGUUACCCGUGCUCGCGAUGAGGCAUCAUCAUGGCGCUCCAUGUACAAGCAACCCAUCCCCGUCGCCUCCCUUGCCGACCGCAUGGGAUCAUACGUUCAAGCCUACACUCUCUACUCAUCGGUACGCCCCUUCGGUAUCUCUGCCAUCAUCGGUGGUUGGGACUCUGAGCUCGAGGUGCCCGUUGACGCACAGGUCGGAUCCGGCCCGUCAACUGGCAGUGGCGGCAAGAUGGCCGACGCAAAGGAGGGCGGCCCAUAUCUGUACAUGAUUGAGCCAUCUGGAUCUUACUGGGGAUACUACGGUGCCGCAACCGGCAAGGGUAGACAAGCAGCCAAGUCGGAGCUCGAGAAGUUGAAGCUCACCCCCGACCAGGGUGGCAUCAGUUUGGAGGAGGGAGUCAAGGAGGCAGCAAGAAUCAUCUACGUGGCACACGAGGAUAGCAAGGAUAAGGAGUUCGAGCUGGAAAUGACGUGGAUCAGCAAGGUUGACGGACCCACCAAGGGCAGACAUGAGGAGGUGCCGAAAGCGAUGCUCGAGGAGGCAGAACGUCUGGCCAAGAAGGCGCUCGAGGGCGACGACGACGAGAUGGAGGAAUAA